AUGUUCGCUUUCCUUCCUCCUGCUAAGGCUGCUCGUACGGAGCGCUCUCCUCUUGGAAGCACUGAGCUGGGGUGUGAUGUCAGUCAGCUCACAACUCCAUCUGUUACUGCUGUUAGUCCUUUCCCCGUCGGUCAGGUGCGACCUGUCACAAUUGCUGAAGCCGAUAUACGUGUUGGUGGUGUGUCUGUUCGGCCCUCCAUCUUUCUGUCCGGCAUCGGUACUAACAGUUGUUGGAUGGUUGAUGAGAACACGCGGCUAUUACGUGUGUGGGAUAUGCGAAAACCUUUUUGGCACCGCACUGCCCCUCGUGUCGCCCAUAUUCCUUUUUUUACGGAGAGUGAAGGUCUUCCACUGUUUGUUACGGAACUUGGGCCGAACGACGAAUCAAUUGCCUUUUGCACAGAUUACGGUGUUGUGUCGAGUCUUGACCACUCUGUCGAGUUUCAGGUAAGCACUGAAAAUGAACCCGUUAAGGUUUCGGCUUUCGCUUGCAGGAGGGAGCAGCAGGCAACGCUGACGGCUGUGGGUACGUUGUCGGGCGCGAUAUUUGUUGCAAUUAAAAUUGAUGGUGAGCGCUUCGUGAUUAGCUUUGAACGUACCUCUUGUAAUGUGUCUGUCCGGACGUCAACGUCGUCAUCUGGAGGUUCUUGGUGGAGUUCCUUUCUACCAAAACGGUUGCUCUCAACGGACAGUAGGGAAAGUAACAAUGACGAAGCAGACGGAAGCAGGCUGGAGUUUACGUUGCUGCGAUUUCGGGGGGAGCACCCAACACAACUAUGGGCAGUAAAUGCAGCAUCGGAGUUCUUUCUCCUAGAUAUUGGCCCUCUGCGACGACGACGCCCGAAAAAUAACGGCAGCGCAGAGGGUGGUAUACGAGCCAAGUGGAUUACAAACAUUUCCUCGGUGCUACAGCGGCGAGGGCGCGUAGUGGCAUUUGACGAAACUCCGUUGUCUUUGUGUUGCCUGGUGUAUCUGUUUUCUUGCAGCCGCUGGGAUGCUAGUUUGGAAGUCGUAACAAUGGAGCCGAGCACGGGCGCUGUGCGACGGGUGGUCAGUAUGCAGUCUAUCGCGCUGCUUGCACACAGUGUGGCCAGCGCACCGUUGCACCACACGAAAAUCUAUUUGGAUGAGUCUUCGCAUAUGAUAACCAUUCUUUCGGGGCAAUGCUGUGUGUUUCUAAACAAUGAUUUAGGUGUGCGAAAUCCUUGUUCCAGUGAGGAUGUGCACAUGUUGAGAAACGUUGAAUUCCCUAUUGUGAGUGCGCUUCUUCCGGAUGGACAUAUUGUUACGAUGGGAAUCAACGGACCAGUAGUCUCCAACACCAGAGCUGAUGAGUUACUGCAUGAGGCUGCGGAGGAUUCUAGAGAGGCCGCCGACGACCGAGGCAGCAGAGGCAGCGGGAUACGACAAAAUAGUGAUGCAUGGAAACAAUCACGCUUUACCGGAGGCCGUGAUGGUCUUAAUGACGUUACUCGCCUCCUCAAUAAUCUCCUGGAUAGCCUCCGCAUCGACUGUAAGAUGUCCAUUGAUUCUGCCGUUCUGGACGCGGGUGAGGCCAUUUGCCUCUACAGCACCCCCCACAAGGGCAAUUGGGCACGGGCUGACCUCAAUAUAGAGGAUGACAACAUUAUUAUGCACGUAACCCAUAGCGUAGUGCAGAGGCAGCAAGAACACCGUCGCUUCCUUCUGACUGUGCUGCUUCACAAGGAAAUUGCACUUCGCCUUCAACCGCAAACCAUUGCCAGACUCCUAUCGAUGCAGGAGGCGCUUCUGGUAAUGGUUGCCAUUAGACGGCUACAGAAUGACACAACCCACUGUUCAUCAUCUGCAACCACAACAGUGGAGGGGUUCGAAGUAAUGACACCACUCUAUCAACUUGCUUCUGCAGGUAGUAACAACAUCAACAGCUCCCUGCUCGCGGCUAACUUAUCACAAAAUGGAGACAGUUGUUCGGUGGAAGACUACCGACGGUUGGUGCGCAGUGCUGUGGAGCGUGAACGGUGCCAACUGCUUUUGCGGAGAGCUAUCAAUUGCGUUGCAGAUCAAGCACGAAGUGAGCUCUCCAGCGCAAACUCAAUGUGUGCGCAGGCUACUUCUGCGGAGAUCGUCUUUGGGGACCCAAGUCGACUAAGUCAGCUGCUACAGGUACUUUGUGACAAUCUCCAUGAAACUCAGGGCAGUGUGUUGAUUGACAGGCGCUCGAAAUUCGACGAUGCUUUAUCGGUCGCAUCAGUCUUUGUUCUUGUAGCCCGGGCAAUUGAUGAGUCUCGUGAGGAUAUUGAGAGUUUGUGUCCCAUUCCCCAAAAUGUGCGAGCAUUAAUGUGGACAAGUUCUGAUGCGAGUGAUUAUGGCAUUCAGCUUCACUUGUCGAGUGCCGCGAAGUGCUUUUCAGAUGCACUGGCAGGUUCGUUGAUGUGGAGCAAAUCUGAAAUGGAAACUAUGUCGGCACCAGCUGACCCGUUAAGUGAAAAGAUGAAUACGUCAGAGCUUUCGUCUUGGUUAGUACCUGUGCAGGACCAGCUACGGUUGCUGGAUUUCAUUGCUGUGAUCAUUCACUUCACAUUUCGUAACCAUUCAGAAGGUGGUCCCACCUUUUUCGCGAGUGCCAUGCGCAGCACUCUCUUCCGUGAGCCAUUCCUGAUAGAACCACUUGGUUACCCGUUUGGCGCACCGGUCCCUACUGAGACGACUGUGGGGGCGUGUGUUCUCCGUUUAUGCGAAGAACUCGCGUUAGAUUUUGUAGUUGAUGAUGUUGUUUCCGCAUUUUGCCUUGCUGAGCCAGUGGAGAACCCACUGCAACCUAGCGGCAAGUAUGAUAGGCUCGGCCUAUACUGUGAGCGAAACCCGAAAAUAUUCGAGGUUGCCCUCCGCACGCUGUUGACCCAACGCCGCGAAUGGGAAUUGCAGCUCUUACCAGAACUUCUUCCUCAGUACGAAGCGGGCGCAGUUGCGCGCGAUGAGUUCCUUGCUAAGGAAGCGCCACAGUUGUUGUGGUUGAUGAGGCCGCAAGCUUUCUACUCAUUAGUCGAGGAAGGUGCACGACUACCUUCAUCAUCAUCGGCAUCUUAUUUCCUUUACGGCGACGAUCUAGUUACGCACCGUUCACGUUGCCUGGCUUUGUCCAGGCUUGCAUGGGUUGCUUCUGGAUCCGGUAAUUCCUCGUCAUAUUACGGUUUGGAACUAGAUACGGCGGUGGUAGCUGCACAAAAGCGAUUUUUGAUGCCGGAUACGAAGAAUGUUGUAUUGGGUCCUGCAGAGUUGGUCCAGCGUUUAUUGCAGCUACCGUCGCCAGAUGCCUGGAUGUCUGCAACAGGAGUUGUUUGCCUAGUGGAGGAGGAAUUGCGUAAGGAUCUUCUUACGCAAAUUGCGCGUAGAGCAAAACAACACGACGGCGAGGUUUUACUUCAGAUAAAGAGGGAGGGCACAAGUGAGCUGGAGGUGGCACGGGCCUUGGAGGUUACGGCUAUUGGUCGCAUCCUUUUGGCGGCAACGGGGCGAGGUGAGGGUUGUGCAACAGCGACCGCCAAAGCGUGUGCCGGUAUUUUUGACAAUGCUGAGCAACAGUUGUUGAUGUCGUGGCUUCGAGCUCGCUCCGCUGGACUCGUGUCAUGA